AUGGCGUACGAAAAGUUCGUUGCGCUUUUGGAGAGCACUCUGCGUGACAACUGUUUGCUGUUCAUUACAGAAGUCAACAUCAAGUGCUCAAUUGCGUUGGAGAUGAAACGCAUCUACCACAGCGUCCUUGAUGUGCCUGGUGGCGACAGCGCAUACCGGCAACAUCUCAAACAUCUCGACAAGUGUCUCACAAACCCCACAUGGCGAUCCGAAAAGUUCCCGGACAUCCAAUGCUGCAAAGGUCAUGUCUCAGAGGUUAUGACGCUGCUAAAUGAGUUCGACCGCAUUGUGGAAGAACGGCUCGUGACUGAAGAGCACACACCAUCCCAGCAUCGCCAAGUUCGAGAUCAAAUGACGACGUUACUGCCGGAGUUUGAAAGGAAGCUGGACUUGGUUGAGAAGCGGUUCCCUGUCGGCUCGAAGAAGCGCAAGGACGACAACGAUGAUCUAGCACCUCAGGCUUUCUCGAAAAAGUCCUCAAAGUCGACUCGCACUAAGAAGAAGCCGCUCUUCAAGAAGGAGUCGACUCCUUGA